CUUUCUAAAGGAUGUCUGUUAAUUAUUAAGUGGGCUUUUAAGGCCACAUGAGGAGCUGACUCCUCCAGUCCCCUCCACCCUGGAGGAGGGCGCUCUAUGUUCACUUUGCAGCCCGUUUGGGGAGGUUGUGUUGUGCAAGUGAAGGCUAGAAGACAGCCGUAGUGCUCCCGGUUCUCCCAUUUAAACCGUCCACAGUGACAGACCGGAUCAGCAGCGGCAUCACAGCAUCCAGCAGACAUGGAUUUCUCAAUCCGAGCAGCCAACGUGGAGGACUGCAAGGACAUCGCUCGGAUGAUCAUGGAAUUGGCAGAAUACGAGAAAAUGGCAGACCACGUGAAAGUCACUCAGAGAGACUUGGAGCAAGAUGGCUUCUCCAAGAACCCGUUUUUUCACGGGAUCAUCGCUGAGGUGCCAGAACAGCACAAAACCAAAGAAGGGCAUACGAAGAUAGGCUAUGCACUUUACUUCUAUUCCUACAGCUCAUGGAAGGGCAGAGCCAUUUAUAUGGAGGACUUGUACGUGAUGCCUGAGUUCAGAGGGAAGGGCAUUGGUAAAGCACUUAUGAGCAAGGUCGCACAGCUGGGUCUGGCCGCCGGCUGCAACCAGCUCAGCUUCACCGUUCUGGACUGGAACAAAUCAUCUCUGGAAUUUUACCUGAGCCAGGGCUGCUUCGAUAUCAAAGCUAAUAUGGGCUACCACUGUAUGCGCUGUGAGGGAGAGGCGCUGGAGCACCUGGCCCAACCUUAACCCAACGUCAGGCUCAUGACCUUGUGACCUUUGCAGCCAUGAGGUCAAUCCACACAGUGCAGGGAUAGAGCACCACUCUGUGGCCCCUUUCCAAAACUAGACAAUGACAAUCGUCAAGCCAAUUUUAAAGUAACCGACUGUUUGCUAAACCUUGCUCCUCUUUAAGUCAUUCUACAAUGUGUGGCAGAUUUACUACUCAAAAUGUUUGAUCCUUUCUCAAACAACGGGCCUUUUACAAUAGAAUAGAAAUGCUGUACUGAUUAAAUUCUGCAAAUUUAUUUCAUACAGAAGAACACAAAAGCAGCAGUGUCACUUCCAUUCAACCACCAUCUUUUCUCGUCAGCUGAAAUGACAACAACAAGCAGAUUAUAUUACUUGUAGUUAACUAAUGUUGACAAGUUAGCCAACACCAACUAUGUUAAUAGAGAGUUUCAGCUGACUGACUCAAACAAGAAUGUUGCAAAAACAUUCACAUAGUGGCUACAUACAGUACAUGAUAUAAUGAAAAUGUUAACAUGUGCUCCAGAUAUUUUUUUUUUAACAUGCAAGACAUUUAAUUAUUCCUUAUUUAGAAGAAGCACAAUGUCUCACAGUCAAGAAGGCAGAUCUUUUAUUGUUUGGGCUGUUGUGAAAUGCUAACUUGGAUGGCAUUGCUAUAUUAAAAACUUUUUCUGUUUUCCCACCAAAAAAUGAGAAAACGGAAAGAGUUUUUGUUUUACUUUUUUAAACCUACAAUCCCAUUUUCCCAUUUUUCCACUGUUAGUUAACUUUGAAAAUCAAAUGGAACAAAAUGAAAUCUGGUUUUGACCUGCAUAUACUUCUACAGUAUGAAGAAACUGGACAAUCACUGUUUGGGACAGAAAUUUAGCAAAUGGUCAUUUAUCUUAAUAUAUAAUUCCAGGAUGCAGUUCUAAGUAUUGGAAUGGGGCCUAUGCAAUACAUUUAAAUAGUACAUUACAGAGACACUGAAAUUAGUGUUUUCUGUUGUUCCCUUGUGAUGUGUUAUGAUUUUAGUGGUAAAUGGAUCAGGUAAUCUACCCACAGUGUGAAAAAAUUAGAAGAUAUGGUAAUAGUAAAAGUGUGAUUAAAUGUGUGUAUGUAGUGGGACUUUUAGAGAAAGUCUUGACAUUAAGUGAAAAUUAUCAUUAUCUAGAAAUGAAAUGUUUUUUUGCACAAAGAUCCACAUAAACCUUAUGGAAUCAAAGUCGAGAUGCAUGUUUCACCGUAUGACUGUUGUAAAAAUUGAGUUUUAUGUGUCCUAUCCCUUUAAAUUUACUGUAAACUAUGACAACAGCAACCAAAGAGGCAGUCUACUCGAGCCCUCGUCUUCCACAUGAGGAGUGCUGCACAACAAAACACCAAAAAAAAAAAAAAGAGACAGAAUAUAAAACAGAAGUGCAGACCAGAAUUCUGCCACUUUCACUUCAGCAGGACAGGUCCAACGAUGUUGGACAGAUCUCAGUCCAAAAACUUUUAUUUUUUAAAUUCCACCAGAUGGAUGUUUUUCUGUUUGAUUCUAAGCUUCAUCCAUGUCUUCAAAACUAACCCCAAGAGUUUGGCUGCAUGGAAGGAGGUUUAAGGUCGAGUUCAACUGAUUCUUUCAGUGCACAGUUUCAUUAUGAAAACUUUAUACAGUGUCAUUUCCAGCAAUCUAAUGAAAACAGACUGAGUCGUGGGUUAUAUUUAGUUUGUUUUCUUUCUCUCUGAACAAGUAAAAACCACUGACCCUUCUUUGUAACUUCUGCAAUUUACAUUUGUGUUCAGACUUUGUUUGCAAGAUAAAAUCAGAACUCAAACUGGCUGUUAAAGAUAAAUUUUGCCUAAAUUAGAGUUGAACCAGAAUUUAACUGCUUUCUAAGUGAUCUUACUUUAGAUAGUUAAGUGACCACAAGAUCAGCAGGAGUCCAAAGUAAACUAAACUCAGAGAACAAACAGCUGGGAGACCUAACAAGGCCUCUGUACAACAUUAAAACCUUGCUACACCCCCUAGAGGCUGCUGGGGUUUUUAAGCCUGAAAAAAAAAUGGAUUGAAGUCAUAACUUUUUCCCCCCUUUUUUAACAUGGGACUAAAAUGUAAUGUUUAUCCUGAGAUAAGCAUAUCAAGACUAGAUUUUUAAAUGCUUGUUACGUGAUUGAUUUGGCUUGUGUCAUGCUAGGAUGCUAGUUGGAUUACCAGCAAAGAAAAACAGGUCCUGGAGCUGAAAACUCUCUGGACUCCCAAAAGUCCUGCUAUCAGUAAGAUCCAGAUUAGCAAAUCUCCUGUUUUUCUCUCCAGGAUCAGAUAAUCCAUCUCAUUUUUGUGCCAGUUUUUCAAAGUAACAUUGGACUGGAUCAUACUCAUCAAAAUAGACUUUUUUUCAAGAUUACAAAUCAGGAUUUUAGGUACCCUAAAUGGAACCACAGUGAAGCUAAAAACUAUGUAAAACAUUUGUGAAUAUCCACCAUGGCAUCACUUCAGGUGUUCAUGAAGAAUCAAAAAAAUAGUCCAAUUAUACAAACAUCCAGUUCUAUUUUGCAGGGGGCUGGAGCUAGAAAUGUUGUCCAAUAUGUCACAUGACUACCAUUUAUUUUAACAUCAAUACAUAAAAUGCAAAAUGAAUAAAUUAAAUUAAAAACAUGCAGUUGAUCUAAAUGAUAAGGCUGGAAAUGAUAAAUCAUCAAAACAUUAUUAAUUCAGUACCUACAGUUAUAAAGUGACAGAAUUUUUAUGAGAUGGUUAUUUUCUCUUAUGUUACAGUUUUCUUUACGUGCAGUUUUUCUAUAUUUAUGAAGAAAUCAGUUUUAUAAUUGUUGUAAUAAAUAGACAGUGAUAAAUGACAGGCAUAAUUAAAUAUAUUACUUCUGUGUAAUAAUGAUGGCAUUUUGGAUAUUACUUAAUGAGAACAAAAGCUUUUUUAUUCUUUUUUUUUUUUUGCUGUACUGAAAGGCACACUAUCUACUUUACCACUGCAAUGUUUGAACAAAUUAAGUGCAAAAUAUGAAUAAAUAUGAAAAUACA